AGCAAUUUUAUGCUUGAACUAGGAAUCGAACGCGCGAUCUGACGACGCAAUCUCUCAGCGGAGUUUGAACGCUAUAUAUAUAUAUAUAUAAUUCGCAUUCUUAUCUCCUGACGAAUAGUUCAGUUUUUCACACCUUCCUUAGUUUGCAUUCUCUCACACCAGUGUAGAGAUGGGGUUAUCUUUUACCAAGCUUUUCAGUCGUCUGUUUGCAAAGAAAGAGAUGCGUAUUUUGAUGGUAGGUCUCGAUGCUGCUGGUAAGACUACCAUUCUUUACAAGCUCAAGCUGGGUGAGAUUGUUACCACUAUUCCUACUAUUGGGUUCAAUGUGGAAACUGUUGAGUACAAGAAUAUUAGCUUUACUGUCUGGGAUGUUGGAGGUCAGGAUAAGAUCAGACCAUUAUGGAGACACUACUUUCAGAAUACGCAAGGGCUUAUAUUUGUUGUUGACAGUAACGAUCGCGAUCGUGUGGGUGAAGCAAGGGACGAGCUGCACAGAAUGUUGAAUGAGGAUGAGUUGAGGGAUGCUGUAUUGCUUGUAUUUGCUAACAAACAAGAUCUUCCAAAUGCUAUGAAUGCUGCUGAGAUAACCGAUAAGCUUGGCCUUCAUUCUCUCCGACAGCGUCAUUGGUAUAUUCAGAGCACAUGUGCCACUUCUGGUGAAGGGCUCUAUGAGGGACUGGAUUGGCUCUCAAACAAUAUUGCAAGCAAGGGGUAAAGAAAGAACGGCAUUGGGGGUGUUGUUCAAAACCGGUGAUCCUGAUGAUUUCGUUUUAUGGUUCGAAACUUCUUAAUAUUUGUAGACAUUAUUAUUAUUGUUGUUUUUUUUUUUUUUUUUGUAUAAACCUUAAUUAUAUUCUUUUGGUAUCUGAUCUUGAAGACACAAAGCUUAGAGGCCAGAUAAACACAUAAAUCUGAUAUAUCUGUUUUUAAGUGUU